AACAACAAGACAACUAAGUCGAAUACUGACCGAAAUGCAUCGAGCAGUACCAUCCAAGUCUUGGCUUUUUUUGAUACUCAAGACAUUCGAGGGAUGCUUUCUCUAUCGCACGCAGAAGAUUCUGAUAGCUUCGAACGUGCUGGUUUUCUACCUCUGCCGACGCAGGAAUCAGGAGAGCAGUCAUCAAAGCCUCAUCACUCUUCUCACUGUGCCGCUUUCCUCCAGAUUACAACUUCCGACGUUGUUUGCCUCUUUGAGGACGUCAUUCCCUUAAUAGACGAUUUCCAUAUCGGCGAUGCAUCAGCUGUCAUUGCUAAUUCAGCAUUUAUCAACUCGCGGCCACAGACAGCGACUCUGCUGAUGCCAG